AUGUUAGGCAAUAAGUUAAGAAGACUUUUUGCCAAGCUAAAUGUUGACAAGGACAUGAAAAUUCAAUCUAUGUCAAAGAAGAAACUAGAAAACAAGAAGAACCCAGCAGUAAAAUUACCGGAUAAUGUUUGGAAUCUGAUCUUUGACUACUCGUCACCGUUUGAUGUGGUGAAAUGGCGAAGAGUCAACAAGCAAUUUAAACGCGUUAUGGAUAAUCGAGUGAAAAGAACACUGUACUUGGAUGUGCUGAGGAUGGAUAUUACUCAGAUUCUACCUAAAGGAGUGUUAGGAGAUGGCGACUUCUUCCGACAUCCCACCUGCAACCUGCUAGCACACCACGAGCACCGUUCCGUGCUACUCGCCGCUCAUUCGCAAUGGACAGCAAAAGAAGCGACAAAACUUCGAGCUGCUAUACAGUUCUUCGGCAAAUACACACACACUGUCACUCUGGACUCAUCGAUAGCGGAAUUGUGCGUGGCUGGACAAUGCACAACCGAUAUUCCAUCCUGGUUUGCUUUCCAAGCGGCUGCUGGCGGCACGGAUCCAAUUCCAGCGACUGAUGGGAUUCAGACCCCAGGAUGGCUGCAAAACGAGGCGAAAUUCAACCAGUCCACCUAUCUUUGUCAGUCUGACUCAGAUUUACCGCAGUGGAAUCCAACAACACAACGUAUCCCAUUGGGACCACUUUUUCCGAAAGCAAAAGAAAUCACAUUCCGUUGUUCGGUGCCGCAAUUACGGCGGAUGCGACGUCUUGCCGUAUAUCAUGUGCCGGCGACAUUGAUCUUCUCAGCAGAACAACUGCAAGUCUUCCGAUUAUCGAUUAUUGGUGGACGAUCGAAUGCGCCGGCCUCGUUGAGACUUCGUCCGUUCCGUGAUUGGCUUGACGGCGAUCAACUCGGAAAUAAGUUAUGCAUUCAAUUCUGUUGA